AUGGCUACUCCCCCCGGAUCAUCUGUGGGGGUUCAGGGUGAAAACCAACCGAGGUCUAUGCGAUUGAAGGUAGCAUACACAUUCGAUGAUGAGAGCAAGUCAAACUGCCUGGCACGAUAUCCUCAUCCCAUUAACAGUAGGGCCAUACAAAUUGAUAAGGACCUCCUUGUGGGAGCGGUAGAGUUUAAGACAUGCAUUUUAAGCAUGAUCUCGUCAAGUCCUGAACUGGUAGCCAAUCUUAGUCAAGACUAUUCUGUCUAUGCCUAUGAUUACUCGGAACAAGGAAUACCUCUGGUUGGCUGUGGGCUACUCUCAUGGGCAAUGACAGCUGUCAAUAACCCAAAUAAUGGAUCAGAUAACCCCGCCCCUGCUCGGCAUAUCAUUACUGGUCGUAUAUCAUGCAAUAACUUCGGGUUCUUCAGUAAUGACGAAGUAAAGGAAACAUUAGAAGUUAAAUUUAAACUCAUGCCGGUACAGACAUUUACGCAGGCCCAAUUUGUGCAGUCUGUACAUACAUACAAUGCUCUUUCAAAAGUUAUACCGGGAGGGUUUAAUGCUUCAGCUUGGACAACUUACUUAAACCAACACCCUAAUAUCCUAGCUCCACCUACACACUCCUCGUCGGCUUCUGAACCGUCACAAGCCCAGUCAAGAACUUUAGAUAAGAGCAUGCUAGCCGAAACAGAGAAGAAUCGUUCGAAGAAGAGCAGUCGGGAUGGAAAUGCAACAUCAUCAGAAGAGAAUGGAGAGCCUCCAAAGAAGAAGGUGCGAAAUUAUUCUGGGAGGCCAAGGAAGCCAAGUGGUGGACCUCGAAAGAAGGCUACUGCAGCUCUGCCUCCUGUCCCCCUUUCUCCGAUACCAGAGCUCUUUACAUCUCCCAUGGAAAAAUUUAAGGAACCGUUGGAUGUUCCACAGGAUGCAACCCCUCAACCAGUUGAAGUACCUGCGGAAACCACGGGGCAACUCUCUAUAUCGUUUAAUGCCGAGAUCUUCUCCCCGGAAAAUGAAAACUCCCCGGCCCCUCAGACUGUCAACUCCACCAUCAUGGCAUCAUCUCCCCCGAUUGCACCAGAGGAAGCCGCCGAAGAAACCAAUGCCGAAUUUUCACCAGAACCUACAAGUCCGGUCCUGCCCUCGUUGCCUCCUAACGAAGAUGCUCAACAUACGCCGCAAGAGUAUCAUCAAGACGUGGAGUCUCUGUUUGAGGAUCCAAAUUUUGAAGAUGUCAAACCAGAUGUGGCAAAUAUCGGGUCGCCGUUUGUCGAGCCCCCUGCGCGGCCUCCAAUCCCAGCGACAGACCAAGAAACCGCAUUAUUGACAGCCCUGAAAUUUCCCACUAUUAAUAGGCUAAGUACAUUGCCUGAUGACAUGACUGAAACUGCUGCACCUUCCCCCAGCACAUUCAGCGAAGCCCCAAAACCAAAACCAAAACCAAAGCGAAAAUACCCCAAGAAGGCCAAGUCAGUAAUAGAUUCCGGCACUAUUAAUUCGGAUGCCGUAGCCUCUAGCGAUAUCGGAGAGGAUGGAGGGAGGAAAAUAAAACGAUCAAAAAGCGAGAAAGCUGCUCGUACAGCUGCCAAUGUGAAGGAACGUAUCCAUGCUCAAAUGCUUGCCGCGAUAGAGCAAGGAAAGAUGCCGAACUUUUGCGUGAAUUGUGGGGCUAUCGAAACACCAACCUGGCGAAAGGUUUCAACGAAGGAUGAAAGCGAAGAAGCAGAGGCAGAAGGUGAUGCUAAAUCGAAGAAAGACAAAGACAAAGAUUUACUACUUUGUAACCCAUGCGGAUUGUGGUAUGGCUCGCACAAGACCAUGCGGCCCCAGGAUUACUGGGAUGGGAAGAAGGAGGAGCCUACGCCAAAAAGGCCGCGACCAAAGAAGAAAAAGGCCUUGCUAACCCCUGCUGCUUCAAGCCAAGCUCAGAAUUCAGAGGUUUGCAUAGAACCGAUUGUUGUACCUGAUGAGGAUGAAGAGGAACUGCCAAUGCCUCCUCCCCAAGUACCUGUGCAGAAGAGACAUUCCAUGACACCCAAAGGGAACAGGUCUGUUAGAGGUAGUGACCCUGAUUGGGAAGCAGCCUCUGUAGCGUCGAGGCGUGUCGUUCAAUCUAGCCCUGCCAAGCGUGGCCUCAGCGCAGACAGCCCCAUCGAUUUGGAAGCUGACACAAAUAUACAAUCUCCGCGGCGACUUCUGUUUCCCGUUAAAGUAAUCCCUAAUUGUUCGUCUAUUCGAAAAACAUUAAACCCUGGGAAUGCCACUCACCCCAAAGGUUUAGGAUCCGAACUUGAGAAGGAAAACCGUGUUCCCGAUGCUGCUUCUCCUGAUAAUGGGAGUGAAGAUCAACAACUAGCUACACCCAUUAAAAAGAGGGGUGUUUCCUUACAGCCUAGGACGCCUUUGAGCUCACCUAUGAAGCCUGGCAAACUGAUUUCGCCAUCACCGUGGAACGCUGAUAUUUUCGCUCCUGGGGGGAAGAGAAAGGCAUGCGGUAGCCUUAUUCAAGCCACUCCUAAAGGACAGACCACCCAAACGGCAGUUCAGUCCUCACUCUCUCCCACAUCGCAGCUCCUAGAAAAAAUCAUGACAAUGGCAGAUCCUAUGACACUCCCGCUAGACCUCGGUGCCCAUUUACCGGACGAUCUUCCCAGACUUUCCCCCUUUGAUACCACCAACAAUUUCGAUUUUGGCGACAACAUAUUUGAGACAGACAUGACUAUGCCAAGUUCGCCGCCACCUUUAUUCAAUCUUGGUGACGGAAUGGAAGAUGAGGUAAACAGCUGGGGAGGGUUUCUACCAUCCAGUCCAGAGUUCAACGAAAUAGACUAUGGAUUAGAUAUAUUUGAGGAUAUGGGAAUCGCCGCUCCGGUGGAUGGUGAAAGUAUGAAGAGUGAAAAGUCUAGCAGUGCUGGGACGACGCCAGAGGAAGUGGCAAUUACGGUAGAUUUCUCAAGCUAUAUUGAUGAGGCUACAAAAAAUCUCGUGGCAAACACUUGA